AGGACGACCCGUCUCCAAAGAAACAGCGCUAGGAAAGCCACAGCGAACGACUACAACUCCCAGCAUGCCUUGCUGCCUUCCCUCCCACCCACUGUUCAUCAAGUGGCCAAUGCGUCUGAUUGGCAGCCACAGGGUGCAACGCGAGACGGCCUAGUGUGCCAUGCCAGGCUGGAAGAGGUGGUGCGGCCAGGGCUGAAAGCCGGGUGGGAGGCAGGCAGAGGGUCUUGCUUCUUGCCAGCGGGAUGGCAGUGCCCGGCUGGGAACGCGGAGCCCGGCUGCUGCUUUGCGCUUUGGGGCUGGCGCUGUCUGUUUACGCCUUUCACGUGGAGACCUCCAAAGAGCGGGACGCCGGCUACCGGGCCAUGUGCGACAUCAGCUCCACCAUCAGCUGUUCCCGGGUCUUUACUUCCAGGUGGGGUCGUGGCUUUGGUUUGGUGGCAGGCCUCUUGGGACAUGACAGCCUGUUCAAUCAACCUAACAGUAUUUUUGGGAUCACCUUCUACACCCUGCAAAUCCUUCUAGGUUUCUCCAACAGUGGCUUGGCUGCCGCUGCUCUGCUAGGAUCCUCCCUUGUCUCCAUCGCUGGCUCGCUCUACCUGGCCUACAUUCUCUUCUUUGUGCUCCAUGACUUCUGUGUGGUUUGUGUCAGCACAUACCUCCUCAACUUUGCCCUGCUGUUCCUCAACUACAAGCGACUUGGCUAUCUCAACCAGGCCUGGCAGAACCACACGCCCAAAUCCAAGCGUCAUUGAGGUGAUGGUCCUUCAGGUUUAUGGUAAUCCUGCCAACUGUACAGCUUCACAUGGACCUUGCUUAUUCCUGCUUCUUCUUUUUUUUAAUAACUGCCAUCCAUUUUGUAUAACACUAGCAUGCUUCUCCAGUCUGGAAGUCCCUCAUUCUUCUCUCAGAUCAGUGACUCAGUAUUUACCCUUCUGGUACCAAUCAGAUUAGGUCUAGGCAGUCUGUUCUCCAUUUUGGAAUUAAAAUGGAUGCCACCUUUGAUUGUGCUAUUUUUAAUUACUAUUUUCUUAGCCACUUCUUUCUUUAAGUCAUCUUUUAUACAAAGCAAUUUGUACAAAUGUAGUUAUUGCUAAUAAACAUCACGUGUUAAGCCGUUGAAGUGUUUUAAUUGGGGUGAUAGAUAUGCAGUUGGGCAUAAUUUCAUUGUGAGAGGACCAGGCGGUAUAGUUUAAAGUGGAAAUAAUAAAAAACAUUUUUAAAUUGUAAAUUCCUUCGGGCAGAGACCACUCUUUUUGUAUUCUGUAAAAUAAUCAUGCACAUUGAUGAUGCUAUAUAAAUAAAUGAUGUUCAACAUUCA